UUACUUUCAAGAGAACAUGCAAUAUUUGAAUUAGAUGAAAAUUAUAUUUGUACUAUAACAGAUCUUGGUUCAUUAAAUGGUACAAAACGUAAUGAUUUACAUUUGAAACCUAAAAUAAAUUAUGAAUUAAGAGAUGGUGAUUGUUUGUAUUUUGGUGGGAUUUAUUGCACUUUGAAUUUUUGUCUUUCUUCAUCUACAUCAUCGUUAUGUCUUCUUAAUCCACUUCAUGAAGAUUCAAAGUCACUUGAACUAUCUUUACAGAAAACUAAUCAGGAUACAUCUUGUCAGCUUCAUUAUUCCCAGAAAGAAAAUCAAUUAUCUGUUCAGUCGAAUUUUUCAACCAAACAGAAUGAUAAUGAUGAUGAUAAUAAUAAUAACGAUGACAGUGAUUGUUCAGUUUUUAGUGAACGUCUUUUAGCUGAAAUUGUUGUAAAUACUGGUGAAGUUUCACAAGAUUUAUUGCCAAAUCCCAAUCACUUCAUUGAUAGUUAUUCACCUUCUUUAUCAAGCAGUACAGAUUCAGAUGUUAAAAAAACUGAACUCUUAAAAAAUGAAAAUGAUAUUAAUCUGUUACAACAUGAAAUGCAUGAAAGUUCAUCAUCAGUUAAAAAUUGUAAACUUCAUAUGUAUACUCAAAAUGAUGUUCAUUUAGAAAGUGAAUCAUACCAAAAUUCAUCAACCACAGAAUCUGUCAGGAAAUCUAAAGGUUAUAUGAUUGAUGCUACUCCAUUGGAAUUGUUGACUAAAUCGAUUAAAAAUCAUCUUUCAUCUAGUGAUGUUGUUUCUGCUACUCCUAUGAUCCUAACAAACGAAACAGCUUCAACUCCUUUAACAUACAAUCGAGCAAACAUCCUACUUGCACGAGACUCUGAUCCAGGUUGUAUUGUUCAAUCAAUGGAUAAUCAUUUUGGACUGACUAUUCGUUCGUCUACUUGUUUGUCUGCUGAAGAGUCAGUAUUUACUAUUGAGGAGAGUGAUCUCGUGACAAGCAAUGCAGCUAAAAGCAUAGAUGAAACCAGUGGACCUGAAAAAAAUGAACUAAUUCUGAACGGGUCAGCUGUUGAUUUAAAUAAUAAUAAUAAUAAUAAUAAUAAUAAUAAUAAUAAUAAUAAUAAUAAUAAUAAUAAUAAUAAUAAUAAUAAUAAUGGGUUCACUUCAAAUUCCGAUCGUCAAUCUACAAUUCAACAUGUGAAUGAAUCAGUAAUAAGUAAUGAUUCCUUGCAAAUUGUAGUUGAUGAUAAUUACGGUUCAAGAAAAUCACGAAUAUUUCAUGGUAUUUGUCCAGAAAAAGAAGAAAAUAUACAGAACGAACAUUGUGGCUUGAUCACUGUUAACGAUCAUGAUAUUGUUUGUAAUAAUAUUACAGUAACAUUACAGCCCUUAGAAAAUCUUCAAAUUUUUCAUUAUGGUAUACAAAAUCAAGAUGAUCAAUUUCUUAAUAACAGUAGUAUAUCUAAUAAAGAUCAAAAUAUUCACAAUGAUUCACCUUUUAAAACUAAUGAACAUAAUUCUUCAGAGAAGAAGGCUGAUAUUGUUUUAUCUCAAGAAUGGGGAUCGGAUAUAAUUCAUACUGAGAUUUUGUCUGAAAAAGUUCAAUAUAACAAUCUUAUUAAUAAUAAUAUUAGGAAGAAAAAUACUAAAUCCAGUUAUUUUACUUCAUCAAAAUGUAAUAUACGGGGUACAGAUUAUAAAACAAAUACUAUUACAAAACAAAAACGGUGUAAUUCGAAGCCUAAAAAUCAGCUAAGUAUGGAGCAAUCUGUUGAAAGUCCUUUACACACUGAACAACAACGAUUAACUGUCUCAGAACUGGCAAAACCUGAUAUACCCCAGUCAAUACCUUCAUCUAAGUGUGAUGUUACUAGUGAGCGAUCUCAAUUAACACCUGAUGAUAAUGAUUGUAAACUUCGUCGUUACAUUGAACAAUGUUCAUUAUUUCGUUCCACUAGAUCAAUCCGAAAUCGACCUUCUGAACGUGUUACCAAUUGUACUUUACCAGGUUCUUUAGGUACUGUAAAGUUUCGUAGUCGAAAAAAUAAACAAAAGUUCACAUCAGUUAUUUCAUCAAUUCAUUUAGAUAGUCCUAAUUCAGAUUCGGAACUACAAGAUUGGAAGUGUUCAUGGUCUCUUAUACAUCAUGAUAAUGAUGUCAAUUGUAAUACUAAAAAAGUUACUAAUCAAUCAAGUUAUAAUCGACCUCGUGCACCACAUAUUCCUAGUCCAUUACAUUUAUCAGGAAGUAUUUUAAGCGAAGAACCUUCUCAAUUAUUUGAUGAAAAAUUAGAACAAAUGAAAAAUGAAUCAAAUAUUUCUCCAUCGAAAACAAAUAAUUCAGCAAUCAAAACUAUCAACAACAAUAUCCAUAAAAAUAAAUCAUGUAUUUUAGAAUCUGCUGUCAAACUAGCUGGUUUUGAUGAAUCACCGGAGAAUGAUCCUUUAGUGAAGAAUAUAUUAAAUAAUGGCGAACGCCUAUCUAUACCAUCAUUUUCUGAUCUUACACCUAAUUCAUUUAAUGCUAAAAUUUGUAUCGAAGCAAAAAGCAAUAAUGAACAACAACAGUUUAGUCCAUUAUUUCCUACUUCUACUUUACCAAUAACAUCGUUGUCUGAUGAAUAUACAUCAUCACCUGUUUUAAUGAGACCUAAAAGAAACCUGAGAAAUUCAUGUACAACUAGAAAAAGAGCAUUCACAUCGCUUACUACUACUUCAGCAACCAAUAAUGGUGUUGAUAAUGAUGGUAAGGAUUGUCUAGUUUACAAAAAUUCUAAUAAUAAUAAUAAGGUAGGUAGAACUAGGAAAACAUUAUCAUCUAUACCCAAAGAAAAUAAUCUAUCAUUGCCUACAGAUAAAACAAUUAAACAGAAUUCGAGGAAGUCAAAAUUUGAAGUGAAUAAUAACUCUCUUGAAAUGCCUAUUCGACGAUCUACACGACUUAUUGUACAGUCUGAUAAAAGUUGUAAUAAACCUCCCUUUGCUGUUGCUUCAACGUUGCAGCAUCAUAUACCACCUAUUGUGAGUAUUCCAGAAGAUAAGUGUAGUAGUAGUAGUAGUAGUGGUAGAAGGACUAGGAGUAGCGCUUUAAUCAAUUUAAAACCAGAAAAUACCGCAAAAAAUCAACGAAAAAGACGGAUGACAACAUCUACAAAUGAAACGAAAGAAGAAAUUCUUAAAAUAUCAAAUACUGAUUUCAAUAAUACUUCUUCAACAUCUACUGGAUCAUCAAGAACCAACACUGUAA